GAAGACCAGCACUACUCUAUUCUCUUUUACAUGCAGAAACGACUUUCUCUCGCUAUAAUCUCACUGACAUACACCACUCCAUCAACCCCACUGCACCAACCGGAAACCGGCCAAAAUUCCGACCAAAAACCAAACCUUUAUCCAAAUGUCCGGUAAAAAUUCGAACUUUGAUAUGAAGCGGAGUUGGGUUGAGCAGCAAGAGGCGCUUCUACCUCUCCUUGUGGAGUUGAAGCUCCGGGAAAUCUGUGAGGAACAAAAGAAACCUCGGCCGGAAGCUGACGUCAUCCGGCAGCUCGCGGCCCAGGGUGAGGAGUCAGCAAUGAAGAUCCUGACGAUAAUCUCCAAGAGCGAAAUCAGAAGCCUCGGCGGUUUUAUCAUCCACAUGAUCAAGAAGCACGGUAGCUCUUCUUCUUCUUCUCCGUCGCCGUCCAAAACGGUGCGUUCUGCUCAUGUUCAGAGCCCAGGUGGCAGUUCAGAGACUCCUCGGAGGCUUCACUUCGGCCAUCCAGAGCAACCUGGAAGCUGUAAUGGGAGCUCUGUUGCUUAUGUACAAGAGGGGUUUCGAGGUGAGGCACUUGGUGACAGGUUAAAUGUUGUUGGACGCUUACCUCACUGCAAUGGUUCUCCGUGGAAAGCCGCCGGGAGUUGUUCUUAUCAAAGAUUGUAUACUAAUGGACAAGUGGAUGAGAGGUCUCAAGGUGAGGCACUUAGUCAUCUGGCACCUGUUAUUGGACUAUCAGCAUAUUCCUGUGGUUCUCAACUGGAAGCUGUAGGCACUUCUUCUCAAUUACUGUCUGCCCCUGUCCAAUUUAGUGACAAGUUUCAAGGUGAGGCACAUACUGCUCUAGACCAACCCAGUGGAGAAUCACCAUAUUAUUGCUCAGGCUCUCCAUUCAAGGUGGCACGUACUUGUCCUUGUCAAAGCCCGUCUACCCCUGUUGCUCGUGUACAACUUGAGAAGAGGUUUCAAGGUGGGGUAUUAACUUAUCAGACUCCUGUUCAAGGGGAACCACUAUAUGCCACUAGUUGUUCUCCAUCAAAGGCCGUUUGCAUCUCACCAUAUCAUAGACUGUCUGCUGAUGUUAUUCCUGUACAACUUCAUAAGAGGUUUCAAGGUGACAAUCUCACUAGGUCCUCAGUUACCGACAAACCUGAAGGCCAUGGAGAAGCACACUUGGUAGCUCUGGGAGAACUUGAAUAUAGAAAACAAUUUCUCAUAUUGAGUUACGCUGGAGGAAUGAAGUUGAAAGAUCUUAUAGCAGUUGAAGACAUUCGCCAUUGGAAAGAUUUCCCCAUGGUAACGUUUGAGAGCACAGUUUGGGAAAAUCUAGGUCGAAAAUGCAUCAGCACCGAAGACCGUAGAUUGAACUUUGAUUGGGAUUCUGGAAGCACAUACGUCUAUCACUGUUACGUCAACGUGGAUGGGAGUUACCAAUUCAAGGGCCCUUAUCUAUACAAAAUAAGAAGGACACUCCUACAGAAAGAAUUAGGAGAUGACAAUGUUUUAAUGGUGAAGUUUGCCAAAGAAGAGGUGCAGAGGUGUCAAAUACCUGCUGGUGACAUUAAUUAUUCUACGUAUAUGAAGGUUGCAAGAGAAGGAAUUCUUGUUGGUUUGAGGCGAUAUCGUUUCUUUGUGUUCAAAGAUGGUGGUAAUGAGGAGAAAAAGAAAGAUCCAACCUCAUCAGCUGUCAAAUGUUACUUUGUUCGAGUGGCAUCUGAUGCAGCGAUAGACCAAGAUGUCUAUUACAAGCUAUCUAAUAGAACAAUGCAUGAAGCCAGAUGCCUUUUCAUGCAUGCACAUACUCUGGCUAGUGUCGAUAACUACAUGAUUAGGUUUUCACUCAUUUUGUCCAAGACAACAAGCUUAAAAGUAGAUUGGUCACUUGUCACGGUUGAACACAUUGAGGAAGAAUACUGUCUCGAUGAAUCUGGUAAUCGUAUCUAUAGAGAUGAAAAACCUCUUAUACAUACUGAUGGAACCGGAUUCAUAUCUGAGGAUUUGGCUUUACUUUGUCCAAAGAUAGAAGCGAAAGGGCAGUGGAUCAGCGAUGAACACAUGAAGGGACUUCUUGCUCCUGAUGAAGUUGAAGAUAACAAUAUGGAAAAGAAACGGCCAUGUCUUCGAACUGAAGAACCGCCUUUGCUCAUACAGUGCCGAUUUUUUCACAAUGGCAGUGCUUCUAAAGGAACAUUUCUUGUUAAUAAAAAGCUUCAAUCGAAGAGAAUCCAGAUUCGACCAUCAAUGCUUAAAGUUAAGACAGAUCCAACCAUUUCCAAAAGUAUUCAAUCACUGAACUCCUUGGAAAUAGUUGGCACCAGUACUCCCCCUAGGAAUACACAUUUAUCAAGGAUAUUAAUUGCACUUCUAAUGCAUGGAGGGGUACCGGAAGAAUUUUUCAUCCAGAUUUUAAAUAAAGCUUUGGAAGAUGCUCAUGGUGUUUUCUGCAAGACGCGACCAGCUCUCAGAGUUGCUGAGAAGUAUGGUGAGAUUGAUGACAAUUUCUCUGCAAAAUUAAUGAUCUCAUUCGGUAUACCUCUCGAAGAAUCAUACUUGCGGUUUCGUCUGUCAAUUCUCAUGAAAGAGGAAAACAACAGCCUUCGAAAAGGGAGACUUUAUAUUCCUGAUUCCUAUAAUCUGAUGGGAACUGCUGAUCCUACAGGGACUUUAAAAAAAGAUGAAGUCUGUGUUAUCCUGAAGGAUGGACAACUUUCAGGAAAGGUACUGGUGUACAGGUAUCCGGGUUUACACUUUGGGGAUAUUCAUGUUUUAAAAGCCGUCUAUGUAAAGCAGCUUGAUUCUGUUGUUGGAAAUGCCAAAUAUGGUAUACUCUUCUCUUGCAAAGGUCCCCGUUCUAUUGCUGAUGAAAUGGGUGGUGGAGAUUUUGAUGGUGAUCUCUACUGGGUCUCAAGAAACCCUCAGCUACUGGAGUGGUACAAACCAAGUGCACCUUGGAUUGAAGCUUCAGUAUUUACUAAAAAAGAUCCCAGUAGGAGUCCAUCUGACCUUUCGCCUGAAGAUCUAGAAGAUGUUUUGUUUAAAUCAUUCUUGACCAAUAGGUUUGAACCAAGUUUUGAUAUGAGUGAGGCUGCUGAUAACUGGCUUGCUUGGAUGGAUCGAUUCUUGACUCUAGGUGAUAAUAACAUGCCUGAAAAGAAUGGUGUGAAGGAAAAGAUACUAAAGUUGGUUGACUUAUAUUACACAGCCUUAGAUGCAGCAAAGAAAGGUGUUAAGGUUGUAAUCCCGAAAGAAUUGAAAGCCGCACGUUUCCCCCAUUACAUGGGAAAGAACAACUCUUACCCUUCUACUUCAGUUUUGGGAUUGAUUUAUAACAGGGUGGACGAGUAUCAGACAGAAGAGCGUUCUCUCAAAGAAGUCGAGAAACUUCCUGCUUUUGAUAAAAGAGAAGUCCCUGAUGCCUGCUUGGACAAGUGGGAGAAACUAUACCAACAGUACAGGGAAGAGAUGGCCUCUGCUAUGGAUGAUGGUGAUAAACAGAGCAAAAACCAGUCUGCUGAUGUGGUCAUUAGGAACUAUAAAAAGAUUCUGUACGAGGCUAAUGACUUUGAGGAGAGUAGAAGGCCGAUUGAGGAGAUAUAUAACGAGGCACAUGCUAUAUAUCAUGUGUGUUAUGACCAUGCGAAGAGGAAAGAAAGUGUGACGUUGUGUUCCUUUGCGUGGAGAGUUGCAGGUAAAGCUUUGUGCCAACUUCACGCCAGGAUCAAGAAUGAAAGGUUUUGUAUAAUUGUAUCCUCUGUUUUAAAAGAGAUCCUGUGACCUGUAGUCUUUUACUGUCAUUUCCUUCUCUAGUGUUGCGUUGUGUAUCGUUCCUUCUAAUAGACUAUAUAUGUAAAGCCGUAAAGGUCUUCGCAGGCUUCCCCAUUGAUGGUGAACAACUCGUUAAAAAAUACUAUUGGUAAAACCAAUAUGAUUUUGUUACAAGAAACAUGACCAC